GAAGAGGGGGGAAGAAGGAAAUGAACAGAAGAUCUGAAGGAGGAAGGAGCUGCAUUGCUAUCCCUUCUAUCUCUUCCUCCCCUUCUUCCGUGUGUACCCUUGUUGAAAAGCGUGGAUCUACUGAUAACGCCGACUUCUAAUAGGUGCAAUUGAAGGUCCACGUUGAAGAUGCUAAACCAUCUCAAUUAUAGUUAGUCAGCUUCUCUUUAACUGCCGCAACUAUCCUGUAACUUGUGGUGCUCCGACGUGGAUCAAGAAAGGUCUACCUUGUGUAUGUUUUUAUAAGAAGAAGGGAAGUCAUGCACGGAUUUGCAUGAAUGUGACUCCUCUUCAGGCAAGUUUACAGAUUAUUAAGGCACACCAAAUAGCAAAGUGAAAUGAGUAAAAGCACCCAUGCUCCUCGUGUUUGCUUCCCAUUUAUGCUGCGGCGCUCUAAAUCUCAAUCAUACAGUCUUGGGUUAUCCCCUGGUCAUUUUGUCUUUACUAAAGGUCGCAAACUAAUUGGGGUGGGAAUACAGGAGGAGAGACUGAGAAGGCUGAAAAACCGAACAAAAGUUUAUUUUGAUUCUACCCGGCUUGAACAUCAGGAGGCUUUGAGGGUUUUGUGGUCAUCGACAUUCCCUAAUGAAGAGCUAGAUGACUUGAUAUCCGAUCAAUGGAAAAAAAUGGGAUGGCAGGGAAAAGAUCCAUCAACAGAUUUUAGGGGAGCUGGAUUCAUCUCUUUAGAGAACUUGCUUUUUUUUGCCAAAACAUUCUCUUUAUCUUUCCAGUGUCUAAUACAAAAACAAGGGUCCAUGGGAGCUGCGUGGGAAUAUCCAUUUGCUGUAGCUGGUGUAAAUAUAACGUUUAUGCUUAUUAAAAUGCUAGAUUUAGAUGCUACUAAGCCAAGGACACUUGUGAGUGCGGUUUUCAUACAUAUGUUAUCAGAAAACGAGUGGGCCUUUGACCUACUUUAUUGUGUCGCAUUUAUCAUUAUGGAUAAGAUAUGGGGUGAGAAGAACGCAAGCUACAUGGAGUUUAAUGAUGUACUGGAAUCUACUCGAGCACAACUUAAGGAAGAGCUUCUUCUGGAUGAUGUUCUAAGGAUCGAAGAUAUGCCAUCUUUUCGUCUUCUUUAUUAACUAUAACCAUUGUAAAUCAACAACCCAUUUAAAUGCUUCCGACAUAUAGGGUAGUCCACAUAUAUGCAUAAUGCAUUGAUUCCUUGUAGCAAUUCUGUUUAUCAAGUCAUAAAGAUAAUAGGAACCAAUCUUAGCCUUCACAAGAACAUUCAUUUAAACCGAUAUUUAGAAACUGCAAUCUAACAAAAUGCAUCAAUUGCAGUUCAA